AUGCACCAGCUCGCAGUAAAGUUAGCGAUUGCCUUGGCUCUGCUGGAUAUCGCGGGAGCUUCUAAAUCCGCAACAAGCCCUCCAUAUGGCGCGGUCAGCGCGUUGAAGCGUGGGCUGGGCGACAAAGCGCUUUCCGACGCGUUUCACGCCAUUGAUGACGUCAAAAUGAAGCCAGCAGAGCAGAUUCUGCCUCCCAACGUACCUUCGUCCCACAGAAUACGCGUGGACUAUUCCAAGCUAGAAGGAGACGAUCUGAAGAUGUCCCAUUCGCAGCUGGUAGCGCUUGAAAGCGGAGUGAGACGCCACGCAAUGCACUUACACCCAGAUAUGAAGACUUUCGUGCUUGAGACGGGUCCACGAAAGGCGGAUCGAGACAUGAGAUUGGCGCGUCCAUUCAGGUCGCGUCACGAGCAGUACAUUAGUCGGCAAGCGUACGACGCUGACGGAAAUCUCAUCCCUUUCAUGGAGCCGGGUGGAAUCGCCACGAGGAUCCAUCGUAUCGGCUUCAGUGGAUAUUUGGGACGAUUCUCCUCGCGCACGCCAUAUACGCGUCGCCCGUCCUCGCUAGGCCGAGGAGCUUCGUCUUCCACUGCUGGGCACGACAGCCCAGCUCCAGCUCAGGACCCAUCUGCUCAUGCGACCCUAGGACUCGAGAAGCUUCGCCUUCAGCGACGACCGCGCGGAGAAGAUCAGGCGCGCCGAGGUCAGCAAGCUCAUCGUUCCUAG